AUGGUAUCAUGAUGAUCGUCUCGAUGGUACAUGGUGCCUUCCCUUCAUGGCGAUCGACACCGCAUGUAGAAGGGGUGGAAGGUGAUAUCGAAGCAGCAUUACCGCUUGACGCCGAGGCCCAGGUUCGGGUCAGGCGCAGACACCAUGAAGGCCAUCUUUGGGCGCUCUAGCCGACGAUCGUCUGUGGCGACCGGGUUCAGCAGUAGCAGCAGCUCCCAUUCCACACCCGACAUUUCGCAGCCCUCGCCUGAACGGCGGCUGACGAUCCAUGCAACACCGUCCGGGCUCGUGGUAGCGCCCAAGUUGCAUUCGAAUGUAAGCACCCCCCAGCACCAACACCAACAGAGCUCUUCAAGCGGCUGCGGUAGCGGCGGCAGCCUUGAGCACAAGGUCGUAACAACCCCCGCAGCGAUCAAGCUGGCGUGGAAUAGGGAUGCGAAAAUUGAACAGGUGGCCGGCAGAGAGAUCAAGUCGCUGCUAGAUUCGGCAACAGAAGAUGCAGAAAUUCAAGCUUUCGGAAUCGUUGGUAUCAUGAGAGUAUUCAAUUACGCGUAUCUACUAGUCAUUACUAGUCGCUCUCACGCUGGAGACUUUUUCCAUGCGUCCCUCCCCAUCUACCGCUGUUCUGGCGUCUUAGCCAUACCACUGUCGCAUGAUAUGGCGCUGCCUAUCUUGAAGGCAGAAAACGCCCGUCAAGCAAUGGCUAAUCAAGGGUCUGGAGACACAAGCAGCUCCGAAUCGGACGAUAGUGAUGGUGAAGAUGUUCAGAAAGAUGAAGUCCUCACGCCCUCGCUUGUGGCACGAGAAUCUUUCUUAGCUGGCCUGACAGAGUCCGGCGACACCUCUGCAUCGAGCUACGCUGCAACGCUCAAACCCGCGCGCGGCAAGUCAUGGACGGCCCCAUCUAGGAGGGAAAGAGUCAUCUCGGAAGGAAACCCAGCACUUGCUGAGCGGGAAAAUGCUCCACCCCAUAACAGCUCACUCGAGCAGGCCACCGCGCCGGGAGACAAGACAUGCCCAUCAGCAGAAGGCGGAAGUACAGCUCAUGUCGAGCUACCCAACCAGGAUGGCACAGCCGGAUCUGCUCUCGAAGACGAUGCGAACAGCGAUAAUGCGAAUGGACCAGCAUUGACGCCGGACGAGCAGUGGCACGAAGCGACCAAGGCUGAGCUGGAGGAUAAGCUGGUCCGCGAAGCCGCCAAGCUUUUCGCCAGGGGAGAGAUGUGGUUCUCGUACGAUCUGGACAUCACCACAUCAUUGCAGCGAAAACACGCUCUCGUCACUUGUGGGAACAGCGCAACCACUGCUGGGCUCCCCUUUCAGGAGCCUUCACCGUUGCUGCCAUUAUGGAAGCGCGUUGAUCGGAGAUUCUGGUACAACGAAGCGCUGUCGAAAAACUUUGUCGACCUCAGUUUGCAUGCCUACAUCCUUCCGAUCAUGCAAGGCUACUUUCAGGUAACGAAUCUCCCCAUUCCAUCAGCUGGCAGUCAACGCGCAUCGCUCGAGGGACCAGGUAGUUCCGUGGGCGAUGCGAUGGAUGCCGUUACGGAAGCCGCCUCCGCUGACGAUGCUGAAGCCCAACUGAUGAUUAUUUCGCGUCGGUCUAAGGAGCGCGCUGGCUUGCGGUAUCAGCGUAGGGGCAUUAAUGACGCAGGACAGGUCGCCAACUACACCGAGACAGAACAGAUAACUUUCACCCGGAAGGGCACCCAGUCGCAUCUGCUCAGCUUUGUCCAAUUCCGCGGGAGCAUUCCACUCUUCUGGAGCCAGAGCCCGUUCAGCAUGAAGCCGCCGCCUGUUCUUGAGCGCAGCGACGCAGAUAAUGUCAAAGCGUGCUCUAAGCACUUUGACGAACAGGUCCAGCGGUACGGCAAAGUGACUUGCAUCAAUCUUGCCGAGCAGCACGGUAAAGAGGGGCAAAUCACCGAGGCAUAUCGCAAGCGCGUGGAGGAGGACAUCAAGAAAGGCGACUCCGUGAAGUACGUUGCAUUUGACUUCCAUAAGGAGUGCUCCGCGAUGCGCUUUGAAAAUGUCAGCAAACUGCUGGGCAAUGUCCACGAGACGAUGGAGAGCAUGGGCUACUUUUGGGCCUCGAAGAAAAAUGCGACCAGUGCCAUUACCAUCGCGAGUAAGCAGAUGGGCGCAUUCCGCGUUUCUUGCCUCGACUGCCUUGAUCGGACCAACGUCGUUCAGUCGGCUUUUGGGCGGCACGUCCUGGGCAUUCAGUUGGGGAAGGCAGAUGUGACACUAGGUACAUCAAAAGACGAAGACUUUGAGUUCGUCUACAAUGACACGUGGGCGAACAAUGGAGACAUGAUUUCGCAGGCGUACGCAGGCACCAGGGCGCUAAAGGGCGAUUUUACCAGAACUGGCAAGCGCAACUUCUUCGGCAUGAUGAACGACGCGACCGCCAGUGUAUAUCGUAUGGUGCAAGGUGCCGUAACCGACUUCUUCCGGCAAACAGUCAUUGAUUUUGUGCAUGGUGGUCUCAGUCUGAAUGGACUGGAACGCUAUAACGACCAGCUUGCCGCACAAGAUCCUGCUGAGAGCUUCCGCCUAGCCCGAGUCAGAGCAAGCGCCAUCGAGACGUGCGCUAGCAUGGUGCUCGGCGAAGAUGAAACGCAUUUGGGAGGGUGGACCUUGUUCUCGCCCGUCGAGUCGAGCCAGAUCCAUGGUUCUAAAUUCGAGGAGAAGGUCGUUCUUUUGACACCGAAAGCGCUAUACUCGUGUGGCUACGACUUUACCUCGGAGAAGCUGUCGGAAUUUUCCAGGAUCCUGAUCGGCGACAUUGUCGGUAUCAAAAAGGGGCUUUACAUCAUCUCUCCCAAUGAAGCGUACCAUCCGGAGGACAAUUGGGGCAUGGUCCUCUCUUACUUGACUGAGGAGAAGAGGCUCAACAACGCUUCCAUCCGCAACAUGCCUCCACCGUCCAAAACAUCAACGACGAACUUUCUCGCUUUUCGCGCUGUCCGCAGCGAGGGGAAUGACUUUUCUAUCAGCACGAACAAUGGUUCGAGCGGGACAAGCGGAGGUAGCGCCGCCACGAACGAGCAGCAAAAGUGGGGGCACCCCAGUUCCAAUCGCGGCAGGCAGAAGUCAUCGUCUGAUGACGAGGUCCUGGUGCUCACGCCGCGUCAGACGAUUGACCGCCUCGUCGGCAUGGUCGUUGAGCAGUGUCGCGAUGUCGGUGCUUGCGAGGACGGCGAAGAGGCUUUCGUGACCGAUGAAACGAUUCAGAGCCUCGCACAAGCCAAAGCGAACGCAUCGUUGUUUGCGCCGCUCCUGGAGGGUCUGAAGCGAAGGCUCUGGCUCUAGCUGUAGCUCAACGGUUAUGUGACUUGGUUGGAAUAUGGCGCUCUUGCGAGGAUACCCUUCUACACUUUCUACACCAUUACUUUCCAUUAAGGUUUCAUGUGACCGAAGGAAAAACAUGAGUGUACUAUUUGCAGUGCAACGAAUACAAGAACAAUUUUCCAUUGC